GGGCAUGGGCGCCCAGUGCGGGGCCCUGGGCUGGGGCAGCGCUCGGUGUCCCUACGGGCUGGGAGAAGCCCUGAGGAGAAAGCCUUGAGGACUGGGGGUGAGAAGCUCAACAGGAGUAGGCAAUGGGUGCUUGCAGCCCAGAAAUCCAACUAUAUCUUGUCCUGCAUUCAAAGCAGUGGGACCAUGGCGAGGGAGGGGAUUCUGCCCCUCUGCUCUGCUCUGGUGAGGCUUCACCUGGAGUCCUGCAUCCAGUUCUUGAGUCUUCAGCACAGGAAAGACAUGGAUUUGUUAGAGCGAGUCCAAAGGAGGUCACUGAGAUGACCCGAGGGCUGAAGCACUUCCCAUACAAGGACAGGCUGAGAGACUUGGGGUUGUUCAGCCUGAAGAAGAAAAGGCUCUGGGCAGAUCUUAUAGCAGCUUCUGGUACUGAAAGGGAGCUUAUAGGAAAGAUGGGGAAAAUCUUUAUAGCAGGGCCUGUAGCACUAGGACAGGUGAUAAUGUUUUUAAACUAAAUGAAGAGAAGUUUAGACAGGAUAUUAGGAAGAAGUUGUUCACACAGAGGGUGGUGAGGCAGUGGCGCAGGUUGCACAGAGAAGUCGUGGCUGCCCCAUUCCUGGAGGUGUUCAAGGCCAGGUUGGAUGAGGCUUUCAGCAACCUCAUCUGGUGGGAGGUGUCCCUGCCACAAUAGGGUUUUGGAACUGGAUGGGCUUUAAGCUUCAUUCGGACCCAAACCCUUCUAUGAUGUGUCCUGCUUGAGGGAUAAGUUUUUAUUCCCAAUGGCUAUAACCAAAUGUAAAAAUUAAGAGCUCAAGACUCAAUUUUAAUGACAUACACCUUAAUUAUGGUUCUGUUGCAUUAAUUCUACCAGAGUUCUUGAAAAGAUACACCCUCGCAGGUUGGAGGGGAGGAACAGAGAUGCUGUGGUAGGUCUUUGUAGGGCUGUGGGGAUUGGAGCUGCUGUUAGUGACUUUUUCUGGAAAGGAUUUUUUUCUUCUUUCCAAAUUUUGAAUGGAAAAAGAAAAAUUGAAGGUUGCUUGCACUGAAAAAGAGCUGCGUGAGAUUAGAAUGAAAUUAAGAAAUACCAUAGAUGGCUUGGGGCACAAGACUUUGAUAAUUAGUACUGAUACAAUAAUUUUUGGAUCAUCUGGCAUACAGGCUCUAUGCAUCACCUCAUUGAAACAAAAGAAACAUAGAGAACUACUGCUAAAACUGACUAUUUUUGUGGCUAAUUUCUUCUUUUUUAGCAGGACCCUUUACUUACCAAAAUGAGACACAAUGUGGUGUGCCAGACACCUCCCACUGUCACUGUGCAUAUCAAAUUGAGUGCAUCCAGAUCGCAUCAGCAAAAACACCUGAUCAGACUGAAGCAGCCUGCUUUUAAAGACCACGAAGAAAAUGGUGAAAAAAAGGCUUCCAGUCGUAAAAACAAAUGUCUAAAGGGCCCGUGUCUAGUUAUCCAGCGUCAGGAAAUGACAGCAUUCUUUAAAUUGUUCGAUGAUGAUAUAAUCCAGGACUUCCUUUGGAUGGACUCUUGCUGUAAGAUCGCAGACAAAUAUCUCCUGGCCAUGACCUUUGUGUAUUUCAAAAGGGCUAACUUCACCAUCAAUGAGCACACCAGAAUCAAUUUCUUUGUUGCUCUGUACCUGGCAAAUACAGUUGAAGAAGACGAUGAAAAAUUAAAGUACGACAUAUUCCCAUGGGCUUUGGGAAAAGCCUGGAGGAAGCUCUUCCCUGAUUUCUUAAAGCUAAGAGAUCAGCUCUGGAGAAGACUUGACUACCGGGCUAUCGUAAGCAGGCGCUGUUGUGAAGAGGUGAUGGCCAUUGCACCAACACAUUUUGUGUGGCAGCGGGAGCGGUCACGGCACCACAGUGGAGCCGUCAGGAGCUACAAUGAUGGUGCCAUGCAGCUGCCCCGUGGUCCCAGUGCUCCUCCUACAGGCUGCUGUCUUUGUGGGAAGAAAGGAAGAUUUGUACGACUGGGAUUAUCAUCAUCAUCAUCUUCCUCCUCAUCUACUGCAACUUUGGAGAUGAUGGAAUUACGUUCAUCCCAGAAGUCAAAGGACACCCUUCUAAGUGAAGAAAUGCUUGUUGACACUCCUUUUUAUAAUGCCCAAGCAGACUGCCGGAGCCUACCCAGCAAAAGGAGACACUGCAGCACCUUGAGUCAAGAGAAAUCCAUGGACUGUUUCGCAAGCAAUGAAGAGUGAAAUACACCUGUGAAACAAACAGACACCAUGCUUUACAGAACUGGCUGAGUUGCACUGCAACACCACACCUGACUGAUCGUUAAAACACUUCCCUUUGAAUAGCAGGUGGGAUUCACACUUUAUGUGCAGUAGAAAGCAGUCAUUGCUUAAAAGUGACACAACUUGCAAAAUGAAGCAGCUCCUUGGUAACAGGUUCCUUUAUUCAUUAAUUUAUUCAUUAUUGUACAAUACUCAAUUAGCAGCUAACAC